AAUACACAAGUAAUGUACAAAAUUUAUAGUGAAUUUCAUUUGCGAACUUAGUUCAGCAACAUGACAAAACAACUUGUGGGUGUACUACUACUACUUACGAUCUUAUUCAAUAUUGAGAUCAAUUGUGUUGCCGAUGAUCAAGUCAAUUAUGUUAUAACGACAGAUACGGGUAUAGCACAAUCCAUAGCUCCAUCAAUUCCAGUUGAGAGGAAUGGAAGUACUUUAUAUUACUUUGGAUAUACAUUUACGGGUAGUUGGUUGGGAGCGAUGGAGCAUUGCAAAUCACUCAAUAUGGAUUUAGCUAGCAUAGAAUCGCCGGAAGAAAACGAUUUUCUUUUUAAUCGGAUGAAAAUAUUCCUUGGUGGUGGAGCUGAAUAUCGGUUUUGGACAUCGGGAAAUACAUUAUCCAGCACUCCACCCAGAUGGAUGUGGAUGAGAACAGGCCGUCCAAUAGGUUGGGCUAACUGGGGCCAAGGUUACGCAGGUCCCGAAAGAUGUCUCGAGGUUAAGUACAAUUAUGCAAGCGGUCUUAAAUGGUACGACACAAACCAAAAUACGGGUCUUCACGCUCUAUGCGAGGCUAAAAUUACAAAAACUGUGGCAGAUAUGAUUCCUAAGUUUUGUAGAUGGCCUCCCUACCCUAGAAAUGAUAACUCUAGACUCUAGAAAGGAUUUGUAUAUUUAAAUGAGAUGCAUUAUAAAUGUUUUAGUGUGGUUUUUUUACUUAUAUAAUGGUAUUGCUUAUUGUGUGUUUUUUAAGUAAAUAUAGUUCUUCAAAAUUG